AUGGCAUCCAGAUUCCUCCGCCCAGCCGCUGCCCUGCGACCAACGGCUUCCUCCACGCCCGUUCUCCGACGGAGCUUCGCCGUGUCAUCAGUCAACCGCAUUAAGGAGUCCUCAGGUGAUAUCAAAGACUACGAGAAGCACAAGCAAGACUCGCUCUCCAAGCAGAAGACAGGCAAGGGCCACUGGAAGCCGGAGCUCGCCUCUGACGGCGAGGAGGCCGUCAAGGCCGACCGCACCCCAGAUGAGGACAUCUCCAAGCUGCAGGAGCGCACCAAGAAGCACGCCGAGGACAAGUCGAAGAGCGGCACCAGCGGUACAGACCCCAUGUAA